UGUUGUUGGCAUGUUCGUGCGCUAUUUGUUCAUUUUCAAAGAGUUAACACCACUGCAUUUUAUAAUGAGUUAAACCGAUGAAGUUUUGGAUUAAGUUUGAAACAGUGUGUUCUUUUUUCAUCAUGGAGACCGAAUAUAUUCAUAAUCAUUUGUGGAGAUAUGUUCCUAUUUAGCAGAUAUUUUGCUGAAUGAGUACGUUGUUGGUAAUAUAUAUUAAAGUUUGUCAUUUAGUCUGCCGUUUGUACAUGAAUAGUUAAUAAGGGAUUUAUUUACGCGAUAAACAGAGUGUGCAUUCGGGCUACUUGUGCCGUUUUGAAAACCUUUCAGUUGCAUUGGCAAAUUAACUCUACAACGAAAAAGCCAAUACAUAACUAAAAACUACAGGUUCAAGCCCAACAUGUGAAAGUGUUAAAAGACCGAGGAUCAACGCCAAAAAAGACUUUUAAAGAGAUAUUCAUACUACCAAUAACACCGAUUACAUUAGCAUUAUAAAAUAUAAAAUUAUCAGAGCUGUUUUAAUAAGGAGCAUAUUUAAACCUACGCAACACCAUAUAUAGUCAUAUUUUUGAAUACACAAAAGCUUCAUCAGUCACUAUAUUCAAAUACACUAACAAAAAUGGGUAAAGUACAAAAACAUACAUAACAGAAACUUGCUAAAAAUAGUAACAUCAACUGGUGCUGCUAUGAAUUCAUCUAAAGCAGAGAGCAAUGACAUGGACAAAAAGAAACACUUAAUCAAACCUUCUGUUGGCAAAGGAAUAUUGAGUUUAAAGGAACAUGGCUGCAUAAAGGAAGCGGAAUUGGAAGCAUUACUUGAUGAGACAGGAAUUUCAGGAAUAAAAGAUGAAUUAAAAGAAAUCAAUUCAAUUGAGUACGAAGAUGUCGAUCCUGACUUUAGUGACCUUGACACCGGAUGGGCAUGGGUGGUAUUGGUUGCUAGUUUCCUAACUUUUGCUUUCCUCGGAGGAUCUAUGUAUUCCGUGGGCAUCAUUCACAACGCCUUAUUGGAACGCUUUCAUGCUAGCGUAGGUCUCACAGCUUGGGUUGGCGCAUUACACACGGGAAUUGUCUCCCUUGGAGGUAUCCUAUCAACAGUGGUAGUUAAUCGGUUCAGUUGCAGGACGGCCAUUAUGCUGUCUGGACUAUUAAACACUGGAGGAUAUAUGGCUACUGCCUUUGUACCGAGUGUAGAAACUGCGAUAUUCACGUGUGGCAUUAUCGCCGGUAUCGGCAGCGCACUCGGCUAUACAGCCGCUAUGGUGGUUCUUGGCUUCAACUUCAAACGACGCCGUAACCUUGCCCUUGGUAUCGCCCUGUCCGGCGUCGGAGCAGGGAUCUGUGCGUUUGCCCCUCUUAUGCAGAUGGCGAAGGAUUUUUACGGCUAUUCAGGGUUUUUUAUUUGUCGUGCGGCCAUGCAGAUAAAUUUGGUCACAUUUGGGAUGCUCUGUUUUCCUAGUAGACUUGAGAAUUAUUCCCAAACUAUGAGACUAAGAGACUCAGGACGUUUACACCAAGAUACAAAUGUUUUCAAGAGGAGAGUAAUGCCGUACGUUAAUGUAAUGUUCAAUAAAGGAAUAGUUUGUCUGUGCUUAAGUAUGUUUUUAUUCUGUGCAGCAUCGCUAUUAUUACUCUUGCAUUUACCCACAUAUAUAACAUCGAAAGGAUUUUCAGAAAAUCAGGCAGCCUUUUUAAUAUCCUUAUCAGGAGUUUUUACUAUAGUUGGUCGUCUUUUGACUGGAGUAGUAGCCAACAUUUCAUACAUGAAUGAGAUUAUAAUUUAUGCAUGUUCCAUGGUUAUAAUGUCUGUAGCAACGAUAGUGUACCCGUUCGUUUCUCGACACUUUGUUGGUCACGUGAUGUUUAUAAUAUUUAUGGGACUCUUUCUUGGCUCUUCUUAUGUCGUGUUGACGACAGUUGCCCUGAAGUUUGUUGGCAUCAACUACAUUGCGACCGCAAUUGGUCUCAUAUUCAUGAUCGGUGGAGUUGGGGAGAUAACAGGACCAGUCAUUGCGGGAAUACUAGUUGACUCCGGUGGAACGUAUGACCAGUCAAUUAUAGUUGCAGGAGUUUUCCUUCUCAUGGCUGCAGUCUGUGAUUCGUUUUCGAUUUGCUUUGUUGCCAAAAGGACAGAUGUAAAAACGAUUUCUGUUAAAGCCCCUGAUGACAAAAAUACUUAACCGAAGAACAAAGUAUAGGUGGAUUCAGAAACCAUUUUUUCCAUCCAAUAACAUAGCCAUCAGCAAUUUGCACGCUAGUUACAUUGAAAACAGUUGUUUUUAGUGACGUGAGUUCAUAAAUGAUUAUGAGUUAAAAGUGCUCGACUUUCAUUUUCGACACAGAUUAUUUUUCGGAUUGAAAAACAUGCAAAACUGUAAGCUAAGCCACACCUUUGUAAAUUUAUAAACAUGAUGUGAAUUUCAUAUUCAGUUUAAUUGGUGGUCAUACAUGACUGAUAAUGACCUCGGUGGGAUGUGUGAGCUAUUAACAAAAUAUAUGAUUUUCUAGCAUUAGUAUUAAAAAGAACAACAAUUAUUAAUUAAAAAGUAGAGGAAAAGGGAUUUCUAAGUGAUUCUUCUUAACUUUCCACUGACCGUGCCAAGGCGAGUACACCAACAUCUACUAUUAACUAUUGUGUAUUUGUUUUCUUGUGCCUUUGUAUCUCUUCCGUAUAAUUAAUCGGAUGGCCUCGACCGUGUGCAUUAAGACAGUGUUUUUUUGUAAUAACGAUCAUGUAAAAACGCCUCAGAAUCCUUGUUGCCGUUUUAUCAUAUGACAAACGCCUUCAGCAAGAGUCAUGCUUUGUAUUGAGGUGAAUUAACUAAUGAUAGUAACACCGUUAAGCGAUAUAUUCAUUAUACAAUUGACAAUUCAGGGACAACGCAAAAGCAAUUCAUUUCACAAGGUCGUGCUAAGAAGCAUGACUCAACAUACGUUUCAUUGAGUUACAAGUUCUUGCAAGACAAAUGCUCAAAUUAAAUAGACAUUUAAGUAUCAUAUCAAUGGUUAUAGGAGUGACCGCCUUUGAACAAUAAGCACAUCUGAACAGAUAGUUGAAGUAUUAUUUGUAAGAAUCCGAAUUCGAGUCGCCAUCAACUUUAUGACAGUAACAAAUGAAGUUGUAAAUUAUUUUCCAGUAUUCAACUUCUAUGUCUUACGAACAAAGCUACAUAGAGUUCAGUUCUAAUAGAUAGUUUCUUUGAAAAUAUUUAAACCUCAAUUUUCAUUCCUAAAAUGAACUGCCUUUCGGUUACUGUUAUCAUCCGAUGAACGCAACAUCUUGUUCGUAUCGCGCGUCUUCGCAAAACAAUAUACAGUUUUUGUUUGUUUUGUGUCAGCAGGUAAAAAUUAUAUGAACAUUUAGAAGGUGUUAAUUGUUGAUAUGUUCAAUGUAUUGUUGCAAUUAGUGUUUCAAUUUUACGUUUAAAAGUGAUUUUAAGUGUUUGAUUUCCCCCCCCGUAUUUGAUAGUGUUUCCGGUUACGGUUGGGUCGUGAUAUUUACAGAAUUGGUGAGAAAGGUCAACUGUAAGGUUUUCUUAAAUGAAAUGAAGUAUUUUUUAAACAAUUUUUGAAUGAAAUAAUGAACUGUUGAUGUAAAUAUAUAUAAUUAA